AAUCGCAGCUACCACCAUUCACGAGUUUUCCACAAUUUUAAUAUAUAAAUAUGUAGUUUUGGAGAGGCAGUGUGUAGUUUAUAUUAUAUAUAGUUUAUCAUUUCCGAUUUUAUCAGUGUGGAGUCUGUGGGUGUCUAUUUCCCAUCUACCAUUCUCUCUAGUUUCUCUCUCGGGAUCUUUCUUACUUUUUCUGCUCUUACCUGUAGCCUUUUCGUGUCUGUUAUUGUGUUUGGAGUAACCAGUGCUAUGUUAAAAUUUUUGUGAACUUAACCACUGGAUCAGCCUUGAUAUACGUCGGAAACACAAGAGGCAGCAACUCAUUCUUCUCUUUCUUGUGACAAUGGAGGAUGCCAUAGUUCUAUACCCUUCUCCAGGCAGAGGCCAUCUGAUCUCCAUGGUAGAGUUUGGCAAGCUCAUACUCAAACAUCAACCUUCUUUCUCCAUCACAAUCCUCAUCUUAAGCGACCCAAACACAAAUACUAACUCCACCGCACCAAAUUAUGUAGCAAGCUCUACUACCCAAUACAUCGCCACCGUCAAUUCCACCACCCCAUCUAUCACAUUCCAACACCUACCCCCCAUCUCUGAAAUUCCACGCAAUACUGCUUCCCCUGUAGAACUCAGCUUCUUAAUCCCACGCCUCAACAACCCAAAUCUCCACCAAACCCUCAAAACUAUUUCCCAAACCUCCAAACUCAGAGCCUUUAUCAUGGAUUUCUUCUGUGAUGCUGCUUUCGAAGUGGCCACAAACCUUGACAUUCCCACUUACUAUUUCUUCACCUCUGGCGCAAGCGGUCUAGCUUUGUUUCUAUACAUGCCCACCUUGCAUAAAAACGUGGAUAAAAGCUUCGAAGAUCUCGGUAACAUGCUUUUUGAUAUUCCUGGCACACCGCCUAUCCCAGCUUCGGACAUGCCAGGAGGUAUAUCAGAUCGUACCACUCAACGGUAUGAAUAUUUCUUAAACACAGCAACUCACAUGGCCAAAUCAAAUGGGAUUUUUGUAAACACGUUCGACUUGCUUGAAAAAAAAGCUAUCAAGGCAAUAUCGGAUGGACUAUGUGUCCCAGAUGGACUAACUCCCCCAAUAUUUUGUAUUGGACCAUUGAUAUCAAGCAGCAUUCAAGAUGGAGAUGAGCACGAGUGUUUGAAAUGGCUAAACUCCCAACCGAGUCGGAGUGUUGUGUUUCUAUCUUUCGGAAGCAUGGGAUUGUUUUCAGCGAAACAGUUGAGAGAAAUGGCGGUGGGGUUAGAAAAUAGUGGUCAAAGGUUCUUGUGGGUGGUAAGAAAUCCACCGCCGGAUAAUGAGAAAGAGCCAAACUUGGAGGAAUUCUUGCCAAAAGGUUUCUUGGAAAGGAUAAAGGAUAAGGGGUUUGUGGUGAAACAAUGGGCUCCACAGGUGGAAGUGCUGAGUCAUGAGUCGGUGGGUGGGUUCGUGACUCACUGUGGGUGGAACUCAGUGCUUGAAGCAAUUAACGUUGGUGUGCCAAUGGUUGCGUGGCCAUUGUAUGCGGAGCAAAGGUUGAAUAGGGUGUUUUUGGUGGAGGAAAUGAAGGUGGCAUUGGGUUUAAAGGAGAUGGAAGAUGGGUUGGUGAGUGCAGAAGAGUUGGAAAAGCGAGUGAGGGAGUUAUUUGAGUCAGAAGUUGGGAAAGAGGUGAGAGAGAGAGUUUUGGGCUUCAGAGAUGAAGCUAUGGUAGCCCAGAAAGAAGGUGGUUCCUCUCAUGUUGCAUUAGCCAAAUUGGCCCAGUUGUGGAAGCAAACCUAACAUGAAUUAUAUACUGUGUGAUUAAUUUAUUGCCUUGAUUUA